CACACGAUGCAGAGGCAGCUGCAGCAGCAGUCACAGCGACAUGGCUGCUUCUUCCUCCUUCCUUGCUCUUCUUCUUCUAACGAUAUGCUGCGGCCUUCUCACGUCUUCCUGGGCAACGUCGUCUAGGACGACCCAAGAAGACCUGCUGAUGGACAGGUUCCACUGCUGGAUGGAGAGGCACAACCGGUCGUACCCGACCGCCGACGAGAAGUUGCGCCGCUUCGAGGUGUACCGCCGGAACGUGGAGCACAUCGAGGCCACGAACCGGGAGGGGAAGCUCAGCUACACGCUCGGCGAGAACCAGUUCACCGACCUCACCAGCGAGGAGUUCCUGGCCACGUACACCGGCAGGGUUGUGCUGCCGGAGGUGGCCGAUGACGAGGACGGAGGUGAGAUGGUGAUAACGACGCUUGCCGGGGAUGUCACCGAGGGUGGUAACGCCGGGCACGUGAACGUAUCGGCGUUGCCCGAGAGCAUUGAUUGGAGGAAGUUGGGUGCGGUCACGCCCGUAAAAAAUCAGGGACAGUGCGGAUCUUGCUAUGCUUUCGCUGUAGUAGCAGCAGUGGAAGGCCUACACCAGAUAAAGACCGGGAAGCUGGUGACUCUAUCCGAGCAACAGCUCGUGGACUGUGCCAGUUUCGGCUGCUCGACGGGCAUCUCCACCGGCACCUUCACAUGGAUCCGCAAGAACGGCGGUAUCACGACGGAGGCCGACUACCCGUACACCGGCCAGAAGGGCACCUGCGACGCGGCCAAGCUCAAGCACCACGCCGUCACGAUCCGCGACUACCGCGCCCUGCGCAACAACGAGCGGAAGCUAAUGGAGACGGUGGCGCAGCAGCCGGUCACCGUUGCCAUCGAGGCCAGCGCGGCCUUCCAGGACUACCAGGGCGGGGUGUUCUCCGGCCCCUGCGGGUUCGUGCACAACCACAUCGUGACCAUCGUCGGGUACGGGAAGGACGCCGCGACGGGGAAGAAGUAUUGGAUCGUGAAGAACUCGUACGGCCAGAGCUGGGGCAUGGGCGGCUACAUCCUGAUGGAGAAGGAUAUCGCCGACCCGCGCGGCCUGUGUAACCUCGCAUUCUACCCUGUUUAUCCCAUUAUGUGAAGUGAUCAUACGUGCAAAUAAGACCUAUGUACGUACGCACGUACAAGUCUCGAGUCAUGUCAUCCUGUGUACGUAUAAAGACACGUUGCACUCGCACGUAUUUGUACGUACAAGUCACGAGUCUGUGUUAUAAGUGCGUCAUCGAUGAUUUAGUGAACCGUGUGUGCUAUAUAUGUAAUUAGGUGACCGUGUAUUUGUGUGGCUAACUUCAUUACACUGUUUUUUAUGCUUC